UAAAACUUCUUUGUUUCUCAUUUGACACAAACACACACUCUGUUUUUUUCUAUGUUGAAACUAGCUCUAUAAAAAAUAGAAAUUAAAGUAAAAAUAAUUUAAAGUUAAAAGAAGAAAAAAGAAAAAUAUAAUAUUUUUUUCUCCCCCUGAAGUUCUCGUCACUUUCUUUGCUGUUUGCUCUUGUCGUCAUCAUUCAUCAUUCUUACACUCAAACCAACAGCAGCAAAGAAAAAAAAGGAAGAAAAAAAAAUUAUUUGAUAAUUAUAGUGCAGUGCAGCAAGUUAUAGCAAGUGCAACUCUCAACCUAACUCAAGAGUUCUCUCUCAAGAAAAACUCAUCAAAAAAUGGCUAAAUUACAGACAAAGUUUAAAAAUAUUUAAAGAAAAAAUAUUAAAAAAACAAAUAGUUGGUCUCAAUUGAAAAAAUAUUAUUGUUAAAAACCAUAAAAAAGCUACUUUUUCCUUUGGGGUUCUUUUUUUUCUUUUCAUUUCCCCAUUUUUUUCUAUUCGCCCCGUUUUGUGUGUGUGUGUGCUCUUCGAAACGUCAAAAAUAUUCUCGCCACAGCCACACAACAAGAGUGUAGAGAACAUAUAUCAGCAGAUAUUCCAAAAAACAGGCGAGAAAAAAAGAAAAAUAUAAAAUUUCCCAAAGAAAAUUUGUAGUCGUCCUCGAAAUCGACACAAAAAAAAAAUUGAGAAGAGAGAGAAAAAAAACUUAAUUCAGCUGUUCACCAUAAAUACCAACAACAACAAGAGAAAAACACACAAUUUUACACACAACGAAACGACGACAAACAAAAAAAAAAGAGUACAACAACAACAACGACGACGACUAUAAAAAAAAAACUUGAAGCAAAAACAGCAGAGUAACCCCUCUCUUGCUGUCACUGCCUUCUCCUCCUCCACCCCCUUCCAAGCUCCCCCCCCCUUUCGCCAUCCUCCUCCUCUCCUCAUUUAGACACAAAGAGACUCAAAAUUGAUAGAAAUAACAAAAAAGCUGCUGCAACUGGUGCCUCAUCUGAGGACCAGCCGCCGCGCAAGAAAGGAAGACGUUCGGCAGGACAACAACAGGAUUCAAAUUCAACAACAACACCAGCCUCAGCCUCAAACUCUAAUCCGAACGCAUCGACUUCGUCUACGUCGUCGUCGUCGUCCUCUUUUGUGUCAUCUUCAGGUGAACAUUUAGUAGACAGUGAACAGCCAUCGAGCAGUUCAGCAGCAGCAGGAAGAUCGACUCAUCGUAAUAGUCGAGAACAAAGUACUACAACAAUCGAUAUAAAUCAAUCACAAGAUAAUAGUCGUCGUCGUCGAAGUCGAGGUCACUCCAAAAGCAGUGAAACGGAGUCAUCUCCAAAUUCUAGUACAGAAGUCAGAAUAGAACGUCGUAAUAGUAAUAGCAGCAGCGCCAGUGGCACUGCCAUGCAACACGCUAACAAUUCGUCAUCAGUAGCAAGUGGCGGUGGCCCAGGACCAGGCGGUGGCGGCGGUAGUAGCGGUGGUGAAUCCACAAACGGACAUAUAUCUGGCUCUGGACCCGCCGCCGCAGAGUUAGCUGCUCAGAAUGGCGGCACAACGGUCUCUUCGGCGCUACCGAUAUCACGCACCACAACGACUAAUGGCACGCUUAGUGGCCCGCCGUAUAGUUCUUCAACGAAUCGUCUUCAUCUCGAUAAGACCAACCAGGAGACGGUACGUCUAAUCGGGCAGUAUUUACAGAAUGUGGGGCUAGAUAGAACUGCAGAUUUGCUAAUGCAGGAAUCUGGAUGCUUUUUGGAGCAUCCAGCUGCUACUAAAUUUCGGGAGCAUGUUCUGUCUGGGGAUUGGACAAAAGCAGAUAGUGAUUUAAAGGAGCUUGAACCACUUAUCGAAGCGAAGCAUGUUAACAUCACUGAAAUGAAAUUCAUCAUACUCGAACAAAAAUACCUCGAGUAUUUGGAAGAUGGUUGCCCCUUGGAUGCCUUACACGUCCUUCGCAACGAAUUAACACCACUACAGCACAAUAUCACACGCGUUCACCAAUUAUCCUCAUAUAUGAUGUGUUCGAACAAUCACGAUCUCUAUCAACGUGCUAAAUGGGAAGGCAAAGGCAUUGUCUCACGUUCCCAUGUCAUGGAACGUUUACAGGCAUUCCUGCCACCUUCUGUUAUGCUGCCACCACGUCGUUUGCGUUCAUUGCUAACACAAGCUGUCGAAUUGCAAACACAACGUUGCCCAUGCCACGAUAUGGGAUGGGAAACCAAUCUAGAGACUGUCUCUCUACUCUCCGAUCAUUGUUGUUCCACAGAAGGUUUCCCCAUGCAAACGCUCCAGAUACUCACCGAACACUGUGACGAAGUGUGGUUCAUAAAAUUCUCACCGAAUGGCUUGAAAUUAGCUUCUGGCAGCAAAGAUGCCACUGUUAUAAUAUGGGAUGUUGAUCCAUACAAAUUGGUACUAAAACAUCGCCGUACACUCGAUGUACAGGUUAGUGUUUCAUUUGUUAGCUGGAGUCCAGAUUCCAAGCUGCUUCUAGUUGGUGGACCAGAUGAUUCGCCAGAGAUCUUCAUAUGGAAUGUUGAAGAUUGCAAUUUGAUUGUUAAAAUGUCACAUGCCAUGGACGAUAGUUUAUCGUGUGGUGCAUUCAAUCCGGAUGGUACACGUUUUGUAACCGGUGGCCUUAAAGGUCAAUUCUAUUUGUGUGACUUGAAGGGAACCAUUUUGGAUAGCUGGGAGGGAGUUCGUGUAAAUUGUUUGGCAUUUUUGUCAGAUAAUAAAACAGUUUUAGCUUCAGAUAAUCAUUAUCGUGUUAGAGGUUAUGUAUUUGACAAUCCACGCACCGAUUAUGACAUCAUUAAGGAACCCCACCCAGUGAUGACAUUUGCAAUUAAUUCAACAGAACGUUAUGCCCUUCUAAAUAUCGCCACUCAGGGUCUACAUCUCUGGGAUUUAGAAGAUAAAACCUUGGUGCGUCGCUUCCAAGGCAUACGUCAAAGUAAUUUUGCCAUACAUUCGUGUUUUGGUGGCAUCAAUGAGAGUUUCGUUGCAAGUGGCAGCGAAGACAACAAAGUCUGCAUAUGGCACAUCAAACGUGAAGAACCGCUAGCUAAACUCUCUGGUCACACAAAAACCGUCAAUUGUGUGUCAUGGAAUCCAGUAUUUCCGUCCCUGUUGGCAUCGGCGUCCGAUGAUGCAACCAUACGAAUCUGGGGUCCCAAGCCACAAACACUCAAUAAUUCACCCGAGAGUGAUGACUGUUCAUCGUGUUCUUCAUCAUCAUCAUGGAAUGUGACAUCAUAAUAAAAGUGUGCGUGACUAGAAUUAUGGGAAUUCAUUUGUUCCCCAUAACAAAAAAUAUCCAUUUAAAAUUAGUGUUUAAUUAUUUAGGAAGGCAAUUUUUACGAAACAAAAAAAAAAGAAUAUAUAAGAAACAUCCAUCAAAAAAAAAAAAAAAAAAACAA